UUUAUUAGGGGUCGAAUGGGAAAUUCAGCUUUCUCGCCGUGCUAUAAAGGCUCCCUCCCGAGUCACACGCCGCCACUUCGAAUUAGGGUUCCUUGGAGAGGCGACGGAUCGGAAUCGGGCCGCCUCCGCCACCAAAGAGCAUCGGAAAUGCCGAAGCAGAUUCAUGAGAUUAAGGAUUUCCUUCUCACUGCGAGAAGGAAGGAUGCACGGUCGGUGAAGAUCAAGAGGAGCAGGGAUGUGGUCAAGUUCAAAGUCCGCUGCGCCAAGUACCUCUAUACGCUUUGCGUCUUCGACUCCGAGAAGGCAGACAAGUUGAAGCAGUCUCUUCCACCAGGUUUGAGCGUCCAAGAAGUCUGAGGAUGAAAGUUAAUCUAUGCAAGUUUGCUACUCUGACUCGAGCUUUGAUGCUGUCGAUGGGUUUAUUUCCUCUUCUCAUGGAAGGAACUGUGUAGCUUUUGAUUUAAUGGGUUACAUGUUAUGGUUUUGAGUGAAUUCUAACUUACUAUCUGUUUUUUGUUCCGCAUUUACAAUCGGAGAUUGUGCUAAGUUAGAACUCGUCCACCUGUUUCUAUUAUUUGUGAUCUCAAUAUGAAAUGUUGGUGUGAUCA